AUGGGCGACUCUGACCAGAACAAGAAGCCUGUUGCCGCUGUCCCGGCAUGGCAGCGAGAAGCCUCGGCCGAGAACGCCAUCGAGCCGGAACCACCAGCCCAGCAGACUGAUUACCAUCAGCAGCUUCAAAUUGCGCGCAGAUUCCUCGACGAAGACCCAGUAAAAUCAGCGUCGCCGGCGAAGAAGGCCGAAUUCCUCAGGUCCAAAGGCAUCAGCGAAGGCGACGUUGAGAAGCUACUAGGGCACUCAGACAUGGACUCAGAAUCAUCAUCACAAAACGACACGCCCGAAUCAGGUAGCACACAAACCACGUCUGUCUUGCACAACUCGGCAACGCUCAGCGCUGCCAGCGACCGCCCUCCCAUCGUCACAUACCCAGAGUUCCUCGUCAAGCCAGAACGGCCGCCGCCGCUCGUUACUAAGAAUGGCAUCUUCAACACUUUGUAUGCUUUUGCUGGCCUAUCAACCGUACUAUACGCAACCAGCAAGUACCUCAUUGCCCCCAUGGUUGAGAACUUGACUGAUGCACGAACGGAACUGCACGACGUAACAUAUAAGAGACUCGACAACUUGGUUGCCCAGCUCGAAAAGACCGUGUCCGUGGUCCCAUCUACUACUUCCAAGCCCACAUCAUCCGAAGAUAGUGACGGCAGCGACGCCGAAGACCCUACAGAAAUGUUUCAUCGCGACAUCGGGACGCAAACCUCAUUAAUAGACCAGAAUGCUACGCCCGCUCCCAAGGAAUCUGAGCCCACAUCUAAGCGCCAUGCCGAUACAUUGACCUCUCUAACAAAAUCCCUUUCCAUUCUCAAAGAUCAAUACCGGGCUCAAAGCGAGGGGUUUGAGGAUGUCAAGACCUUGUUAGAUCUCCUCCGGGAUGAUCUUGAUGGUAUGACGUACGGCGGAUAUACUGAGUUUGUCGGCGGUUAUGAUAUAUAUGGGUCCGCAAAAAGGAACGAACCAGAAGAUGAAAUUCGCAAAGUGAGGGAUAACAUUAGGCGCGUCAAGGGUGUGCUUCUGAGCACCAGGAACUUUCCUGCUUCAACAAGAUAA